CUGCCUCCCUCCCCUCAUUUUUUCUCUCAACGGAAACCCCAACUUUUUACGAGAAGAAAAUGGUCUCGUUCGGCGAUCCCUGGCCGGAAUUCAACGACGGCAUAUACUACCGUGACCUCCUCCGCCCCUCCGAUGACGGUGCGACACUGAUUGAAUUCUACUCUAGAAAGUACCAGAGUUCAGCCCCUUUACACGGUUGGUUGCAGAGAAUUCACAAUAAGCAGAUAACUGUCAAUGGCGGUGUUGUGACCGAUCCCAAUACAAUUCUCAGGGGAGGUGCAGAAUUAGUUUAUCAUCGGCUUCCUUGGAAAGAGCCGGAUGCUCCACACUUGGUGGAAAUUCUAUACGAGGAUGACGAUGUGAUUGCUUUGAAUAAACCCUCGGGAUUACAAGUUCUACCUGGAGGGUUAUUCCAGCAGCGAACUGUCUUGACACAGCUCCAACGACAUGCAGGCGGAUGCCAAGAGCCUCAUCCUGUUCCAGUUCAUCGGCUUGGAAGAGGCACAUCAGGAAUACUACUUUGUGCAAAAACGAAGCUCGCAAAAUCUCGUCUGGCAGCAUUUUUUGCUGAUGGGACAUCAGUUGUUGGGGUAUGUAGGGAAAAUGAUCAACAGCAGAAAUCAACAAGAAAUAUAACAAAACUAUAUCGAGCCCUAGCAAGUGGGAUAAUCAUUGAGGAUGAGGUUGUCAUCGAUCAACCCAUUGGGCUGGUCAAAUAUCCUGGAGUUGCCAAUGGGUUGUAUGUUGCCUCACCUUCAGGGAAACCUGCUUGGAGCAAAGUAGUUGUUUUGGAGAGAAACAUGCUGAACAAUUCCACAUUGGUCCAGGUUGAAAUUCAAUCUGGGAGGCCACACCAAAUACGCAUUCAUCUUUCUUUCAUUGGGCAUCCACUGAUAGGUGAUCCUCUUUAUAGCACAGGUGGACAACCAAAGUGCUCCGAUCAUGAACUUGUAGAUCAAAGUUUCGCUGAAGACGGAGGAUAUGAGAGGCCUGAAAAACCUGUUCCUGGAGAUUGCGGAUACCAUUUGCAUGCACAUCGUGUACUGUUUACGCACCCUGUAUCUAAUGAGAUAAUUGAAAUCACUGCUCCUCUACCAUCUAUUCUACGACGGACGGUAGACGUAAUUGACUAGUGUCCUUUACGACUUUUGUUUGAUAAAUUUAGUUUUUAUUGUGCUUUCUUUCUUUCUUCUUUUUUUGUUAUUUUUGUAAAAUUAUAUUUAUGCAAAGGUCCAAAAUUUAUACACAUUGCUUUACUGCAUAUUUUUCCACAUUAUAUUUAUGCUUUUUUGGCAAAAUUUCAACGGAAUCAUGUCGUCGAAAAGCCGAAUUUCAUGAGAAAAAGAUAAGAUGGAGAACUUUUUUUAA